CGAAGUGUCCGAAGAAACGCGCAUUUUACAGUUAGUUCGGUGACGGAAGGUGGCUACGGUAAUAUUUCCUAAUUUUUGUAAGUUCCGUACGCACGCGGUGUGGAAAGAAAUUAGAAUUGCAGUGGGGAAAAAGACGAAGAAUCAUAGAACAUUUAGGUUGGGGUUACAGUGAUGAAUCUGACCUAUUCUGAGGCACAAAAAUCAUCGUAUUGAUUCUCCUAAUUUAAGGUAACUUUCGUUAAAAAAAAAAAGUCACUCUAGGCCUAGUGAUGCCUACCGUAGCAGCCAGAUUUCAACUCUCUGGUAAACUGUUGUUCAACAGUAGGCCUAUGAUAUAUAUACUCUCCGCUAAUUUCUUAUUGAAAUGUAAAAUAUAAGUAUAGAAGAAAUCUAUAUCGAUUUAAGGGAGGCCUGGCGAUUACCAGAUUAUUGGAGAUUCCACAGUGCGUAUUUCGGGCUGACUGACGUCCCCAAAAAAUCGAGAUUCGAUUUUGCUGACGGAUGAAAAUAAUUAAUUCUAAUUCAUUUUGUAUCCAAAAUUGUCAGUGGGGAUAUCUUUGAUACAUAAAAAACAAACCUAAGAAAACUAACUAAAGAACCUUGAUUGGAUUUUGAUCUCGUAGUGGUUUCUUCAAAAUGUCGGAUUCUGAGGACGAGGCGGUCGAGAGGCAGGUGAAGAUCGUUCUCGUGGGCGCCCCUCAAGUUGGCAAGACCUCUAUUGCCAUGAGAUAUACCCAGGAUACCAUCAACAAGGCAUAUCAGGCUUCUAUGGGAGUCGAGUUCUACCUGAAACGGUUAAUUCUUGGCAACGAGAGGAAUGUCAGCAUACAGAUCUGGGAUGUGGCGGGUUCGGCACUUACCGGCAAAAUGACUGACAAGUAUCUUUACGGCGCACAUGCCGUCUUGCUCGUCUAUGACGUCACGAGCAGCCACUCGCUAGAAUGCUUGCAGGAUUGGCUCUCCACCGUCCGCCGAGUGGGGCGUUCGCAGGAGAGACCUCCGCUUAUCGCCCUUGUUGCCAAUAAGGCUGAUCUCGAACAUGCCAGGCAGGUGAAAAGUGAGAAACACCACAGAUUUGCAAAUGAGAGUGCCAUGGCCUCGUAUGUCGUCUCGGCCAAGACAGGCGAAGGUGUGGCACUCUCCUUCCAAAAGGUCGCCGCCGAACUGCUGGGCAUCCGCUUGACCAAGGCCGAGCAGGAGCAACAGCAACCUGUUGUCACGGCGGAGAUCGAAACCUUCCAGGAGGCGGCGCUGCCGAAGCUUCCACCGCCCAGCAGCUCCAUGCCCUCGUCGGUGUGCAGUCUCAUGUAGCGGAGAGCCUCUACGGUGGUGCUGGAAUUCAUCACUGGGUUCCUCGCCACCAGACAAAGCAUUGCCUUAGUAGCUUAUAGAUUUUAGGCUUCUAAUCUAGGAUGAAUUCUGCAGGUUGUAACGCCUUUAACACGUGAAUCUCGGUUCCUCCAUACUGUUCUAUGUCAAACAAAUGGUGGGAACUGUUUGAGUUUAACGGUUAGAAUGUACGUGCCAAACAUAUCUGUUUGCACAAUGAAUGUGAUCUAAUUGCUAAUGAGAAUAUCCUAAAAAAAAAUCAGUAUAAUGCAGGAAAUUCAGAGAGAUUCAGACUAGUAGUAGUACUACUGACAUUACGAGCAGAUGUGAUAAACAAGAAAGUGACAAAGCUUUUACGAGAGAUUUCCCAACUGCUGACUGAAUAUGUCUGUCAGUCAAUCCGCAGUUGUGGCAAGAGAAUGUUUAUGCCAUUGCUUAUAAUAAAUUGGGCCUCAUAACCUGAUUACAUGCAAGGCUUGCCAGUUGCAGCGUUGCCAUACAAGCUGAUACUAGGCAGGCUUGGUAAUGGAGAAGUACAGAACUGUAAAUAAAUGUAGACGCAACGAUUCUCCCUGGUAAUUAUGAACGCUGCUUGGCGUGGAUCACGGAAGUGUAAAUAGCUUAGGCAGGGAGCAAAUGUAUACAUGAGAUAGUAGAGAUAGAGCGUAGAGACAAAGAGGGUGAGAGACUGAGAGACAGAGAUAUCCUAUACCUAGCAAACAAGACCAGGUCUGCACAAUCGAUUAUUUUAUCUUACGCUCAACUCCUCUUAAAACAUUAGACAUACACGUACGCACGCACACAUACUAGAGUGAGUGUUCGUGUGUGUGUGUGUGUGGCUGACGAGACCUGUAUAUGUUCCAUGUAUCGUAUAUUGCUGUUAUCUGUAUGAAUUAAGUUGACUGUUGAUCUUAGAAGUGAUUCAAUCACCGUACAUAAAAUUAUUUCAGCUUUUUUUUUUUUCUUCAGUAGGAGUAAGCAUUUCAAGUUAGCUUAUUUUGUUGCUGUUAUUUAGAGAACAUACAUUGCCAGCUUUCUUAUUGAUUUUUUGCUUUCUGAUUUGUGUUGUUAUUUCUUAAUAGCCGUCUUAUAUGUUGCCAAUGUCUUCUCUUCAUUAUUAUUAUUAUUAUUAUUAUUAUUAUUAUUAUUAUUAUUAUUAUUAUUAUUAUUA